AUGCGCGUUGCUGCUUUCCUAGCUUGUAAUGCUCUUUUAGCAGGUGUAGCCAAUGGCUUCAAAUGGCCGUGGGAAAACUCAUCUACUAAGAGUGCCAGUAGCUCUGCCACACAAAUGAGUGAUUCGGCUAUCUCCUCGUGGACAGGAGUGACGAGUUCAACAGGUGACGGCAUUGGAUAUGCGCCCAGACAGACGGCAUGUCCAGAACAGGCCAUUGUUAGAGAAGCCUCUGACAUAUCAAAGGAAGAAAAGCAAUAUGUGGAACAGAGACAAUUGGUCACUACAGAGGCACUUCAAAAGUUUCUUUCGGAAGUGAGCAACCUUAUAGACUUUAACUCCGACUCUUUCUUUGGGUCUGCUAGUCGCAAUAUCUCCAUCGCUCUUGCGUUCAGUGGAGGUGGCUAUAGAGCUAUGCUUUGUGGCGCCGGAGAACUCCUGGCGCUAGACAAUCGUACUACAAAUCUGACAACACUGGGACUUGGAGGCCUUUUGCAGAGCGCAACGUAUAUCCUGGGCCUUUCGGGGGGCCUGUGGCUUGUAGGGACUCUAGCAUUGAACAAUUGGCUUUCUGUGAGUGAUGUGAUGAAUCCCAAGCUGAAUAUUUGGGAUCUAGAUGACACGAUUUUCAAUCCGAGCGGGAUUAAUGUCUUCGGCACUGUGUCGUAUUAUGUGCGUUUAGGCCAGGCUGUGAAUGCCAAAAGCGACGCGGGAUAUGCCACUUCAAUUACGGACGUUUGGGGGCGAGCGCUUUCUUAUCAAUUUUUCAAUCCUGACACAUUUUCCAACGGCGGCGAAAAUGUAACUUGGAGUGGAAUCCAAGAUCUAUCGAGCUACAAAAACCACCAAAUGCCGUUCCCGAUUGUGCUUGCAAACGGCAGAAAUCCAGGCACAUACAUUGUCAAUCUUAACUCUACGGUUUUUGAGGUAACGCCAUAUGAACUUGGUUCCUGGGACCCGAGUCUCCGUUCUUUUGUCAACUUGACAUUCCUCGGAACUGCCUUAGAUGACGGAAAGUCGAUGAAGCAAUGUGUAACUAACUUUGAUAAUGCUGGUUUUAUCUUGGGAACGCUGUCAUCUUUGUUCAAUCAAGUUCUUGUCCGGCUAAAACUGAACUCCGGGCUCAAUUGGGCCAUCAAACGAGUCCUCGAAAGUGUUUUGGGAACCUUUUCAGAAAAUGAAAUGGACAUUGCGUCAUAUGAACCCAAUCCCUUCUACAACACCCUGUAUGGAAAUCUGGAUAGCAUUACCAACAACCAAACAUUACAUUUAGUUGAUGGUGGAGAGGAUCAGCAGAAUAUACCCCUUUAUCCUUUCAUUCAAAACAGCAGAGACGUUGACGUUCUUUUUGCAUUUGAUAAUUCGGGUGAUACACAUCAACAUUGGCCAAAUGGCUCUUCGUUAGUACAUACCUUCCAGAGACAAUUUGGACCCCAGGGCAGAGGAACACCUUUCCCCUACGUGCCCACCAUCGAGAAAUUUCUCAGUGAUGGCUUGACAACAAGACCCGUAUUCUUUGGUUGUAGUGCCAAUAACCUUACAGAUUUGGUCAAUUACCACAACAAUACAGUCAAUGCUACAGAUAUACCCUUGGUUGUCUACAUGCCUAACCACCGGCAGAGCUACAAUUCGAACACCUCGACAUAUAAGAUGAACUACGAUUAUGAUGAAAUGGUAGGUGCAGUCACAAAUGGAUUUGAAGUACUGACUCGAGGAAACUUCAGUGAUGAUGCUAUGUGGAAUAAAUGUGUCGGAUGCGCGAUAAUCCGCCGCGAGCAAGAAAGAAGGGGCUUGGAACAAUCUGAUGAGUGCAAAUCUUGCUUUGAGAAGUAUUGCUGGGCAGGCGAGUUGAAAGACACACCGGCGCUGACUGUUAGCAUGGCUUCACUGCAAACAUCCAAGAGCUCUGUAUCUUCUACUUCUUCUGGUGCCUCACUGGCGCUAACUUCUAACUCGCCAGUUGUGUCAGGACAGUCUACCUUGUCAUCACUAUUGACCAGUCAGGGAACAAGGACGCUGGCGUCAACAACAAGAGCCAACAGUGGCGAAAGAGUGAGCUGUGGAAUAGUAUCAAUUUUGACAUGGCUAUCCUUAAUUAUGCCGGCGUUUAUCUAG